AGUUAGUGGGGGUGGGUCUUUAAAAUUGGGACAGAGGAGGAUGAGGCUUUCAUUGUCCGCCGUUCGUCCGAGAUAAAACCCGCAGGAGGCAAUACUCCAUACAUACAUAGACUACCUGCUAGCUAAAGAGCUCCCUUCUUUCAUAUUGACUGAUUGAGUUUGGUUGACGGUAGCCAUAUCUCCAAAGCCAUAGAGAUUAGAGAGAGAGAGAGAGAACAUGGCACUCAGAAUGUGGGCUUCUUCAACUGCAAAUACGUUGGGACUCUCUUCUGCCUCCAAACUCAAUUUCUCUCCCGCAUUUUCCCUCUCUAGAUGCUUUUCCACUGUAUUGGGGGGGUUGAAGUAUGCAACUUCACAUGAAUGGGUGAAGCAUGAAGGGCCGGUGGCUACAAUUGGCAUCACCCAUCAUGCUCAGGACCAUCUGGGAGAGGUAGUGUUUGUGGAGCUGCCAGAAUCUGGUAGCCCAGUGUCACAAGGCAAGAGCUUUGGAGCAGUGGAAAGUGUAAAAGCAACCAGCGAUGUGAAUUCCCCAAUCUCUGGUGAAGUUGUGGACGUCAAUUCAAAGCUUGCUGAAACACCUGGCCUGGUAAUUCAUUCUCACAUUCAACAGCACCCCCAUAUAAGACGAGGAUUAUUACUGUGGUUUCUAACAAAUUUUUUUUCCCAUAUAUAUAUAUAUAUAUAUAUAUAUAUUGUAAUUAAGAUAAAUUCAAGCCCUUAUGAAGAAGGAUGGAUGAUCAAGGUGAAGCCUAGUAGCCCGUCAGAGUUGGAAUCUUUGAUGGGUCCGCAAGAAUACACAAAGUUCUGUGAAGAAGAAGAUGCUGCCCAUUGAUUAAAAUGUACAUGUGUUUAAUUUUUCGAGGUUAAUAUAUAUUUGUGCAGUACUUUCUGCAAGGACUUUUGCUUAUGUUAUGAAAUAUAAACAAGUGAUUUGAUAUAAAACAAUUCAUAUAUCUCGUGUCAUUUUACAAAUGAGAUUUGACACAAA